CAGUGAUGACUAAAACAGUGAUACAAUAUCUACUUCUCAGCACCUUUGUUUGGCUCCUCAACUCCCUCUCCGUGUCUCAGACCGUGGAGGUAGAGGCGGGGGACACUGUCACCUUUUCCUGUAGAAAUGUGUCCGAUAUUCCCACACUGUCUACCUGGAUGAGGGCAGGUCGCACAUCCAAGCCCUUUGUCAUCUCCACUGGGUAUGGAACUUCUCCUUCGACAGGGAGACACAGUGAUGGUAUCCAACAAAGUCGAUUUGUAGCGGAAUACGGUGCCUCUUUCAUCAAUCUUACAAUAAUGAAAGUGAAUUCUUCAGACUCUGGCUGGUAUUAUUGCAUUUUUUACAUUAGGGGGGAUUUGGUUGUCAACUCAACAUGGUUGUUGGUUCAUGAAAAUGGCACAUUUCAUGCAGAGGAAGACCCAAAUUCUGAAAAACCCCGGCCAGUGAAGUGUGAGGGGAAUUGGAUCAUGGUCGGAGGACUCUUUGGUUCUGCGGUCAUCAUCCUGGUUCUGGUCAUUGUCGGACUCGUUUUUAGAAUAGCACAUCAACGUAAACUUCAAAAAGAUACUACAAAUCAACCUCAACUACAGGAAAGCCAGGUUCAGAAGCCAGAGCUGGCUGAAGUAUGCUACUCUAUGUUGAGUUUCCGUCAGAAGAACAGAAGAGGGGGGCCCAGACCUAAGGACCUAGACACGGCCAUUGUGUACACAGCAACCAGAAGACUUUAGGAAUCCAAUCUUAACCAUAUGUUGACUCUUUUUUUGCAAGACAUGGAAUUACAUUGCAUUACUAUGAAGUCAUUAAGAAACAAAUGAGCUUGCAAAUAUAGCUGGAAGUAUUUACAUU